GUUUAUGUGAUUGAAUUCGGGAGUGGGUGAAGACGUAUUUUGAUAUGAAAUGUCGGUUUGGUGUUGGGUAACUUGUAUUCUGGUCCUGCAGAUAUUGAAACAGAUCAAUGGUUUUGACCUCGUUCGACUCACAAAGAAAGGGGCGGACGACGGAAGUUACACCGUUGAAGUUAACUACGAUCAGAAAUGGCGCACAGUCUGUGGUUGGCAUUGGUCUUCCGCUAACGCACGUGUCGUCUGCAGGCAAACAGGACAGUCCGCGACUCGAUGUGUAGCAGAAUUUCGAUUGAGCAAAGAUCUGGAGGAAGAGGAAGCAGAGGCAGUGAAUUUGAAUUAUCAGUGUACGGGAAAUGAAACGGCUCUUCACAGAUGUCCUUACGAUUUUAGUAGCACGCAUGGUAGCAGAAUAUAUACAUCGUGCAGUAGGCAGCCCCGUUUUGCUGUCAUUUGUGGAACUCAGUGUCCUGCCUGGCGUUAUAGUGAGGACUGUCUUCCUUGCCCUUGCAAUCAGAACAAUACGGAGAAAUGUAACGAUAAAUCAGGAAAAUGCACGUGUAAAGCCGGCUUUUCUGGGGAGACUUGUGACUGUCAGGAUGGAAAACAUACAUGUAACCUUACAACCUCGUUUUGCCAUAUGGACAACGGAAACCCAGUGUGUCUUUGCAAAAAAGGAGUAACAUCAACAUCACAGAAUAAAUGCAAUGGGUUUGGUUUGCGGUUUGCGGAUAGAGCUGCCAAUGACACUGGAGAGGUGGAGUUUUACAAUAAUGGGACGUGGAAUGCCCUGUGUAUUAUGAGAUUAAGUAAUACAGAAAUUGUCGAUGUUAUCUGCAGACAACUCGGUCUACCAAUGGUACAUGUACAUACUAGUGCAUUUCUUUCCAAAUAUAUUCCCAAAACUGACCUGCCAGAUUAUCAGAUUGCUGAGACAGUGUGUGAGGGGACAGAAACAUCUCUUGUUGAUUGUAAAAUGACCAUGGUUCCUGCAAUGUCAUGUAACAUUGCAGUAGGAAUAAUGUGCUCCUCGGCAUGCCCAAACUGGAGAUUUGGAGAGAAGUGCAAUUUAUGUUCCUGUAACAAAACGAAUUCGGAGAGCUGCGAUCCUUCAACAGGAGAAUGUAAAUGUAAAUCAGGAUUCACUGGCGCCACCUGUGACUGCUUACAGGGAAACAACCCCUGCAAUGAAACAAUCUCUGAAUGUCAUGCACAAUUAGGAAAACCAACAUGUCUUUGCAAAACAGAAUUCAUUCAUAAAAAUUACAGGUGUAUAGAUCCGAUAAGGCUUGCAAACUUAACAACAUCUGUAACAACCAGUGGGAGUAAACUUUACGAGGGAAGAGUGGAACUUUAUGUUAACGGUUGUUGGGGAACAAUUUGCGAUGAUGCUGCCCAUCCUGGAGUGAAAAUGGUUGAAGUUCUCUGCAGAAAUCUUGGUCUACCAAGCACGUACUCAGAAUAUGCAGGCGCUGCAUAUUAUGGCAUGGGUAUGGGUCCAAUUCAUUAUAGCUUUGUGCACUGUACAGGGAAGGAAGCAUCGGUGUCACAGUGUUACACUUCAAGGGCCUCCUAUUGCAGUCAUAGUGAAGAUUUGGGUAUCAGAUGUGGCGAAGAAUGUCCGGAUUUUAGAUUCGGAAGCGAUUGUCUGCACUGUCAGUGCGUCCGUUCAAACACACAGUUUUGUAAUAAGACAUCUGGAGAGUGUGUUUGUAAAGAUGGCUAUGAAGGACAGACAUGUUCGUGUGAGAAAGGCAAACACACGUGUGAUCUACAAACGUCCGUCUGUGAAAAUAACAUGUGUUAUUGCAAGUUUGAAAACAACGAAACAAAAUCAUCUUGUUUUGAGAGGCUCCGAUUGGACAAGGAAAAUGGCAGUUAUUUACAAUACCAUGCAAAUAAUCAAUGGAAUUAUUUGUGCAACAGUGCGAUGUCGUCGAGGUUCUCAGCUGAGAUUCUCUGUCGUGUAUUGCAUCAGCCAACAAAGAUUACCAAACUUGAAGAGAAGUACAGUUCUCCAGUAGGCUAUAAGUUUACUGUUGAUGAAAGCUGUCGGAAUCCCUGGCUUCCAAAUAGAGCAGAAUGCCUGACAUUUGAGAACACAUCAACUGCAUGUUACAAUGGAAUUGUGAUACUACAGUGCUUGGAAGAAUGUCCAGAUGGAAUGUACUUUAAAGAAUUAGGCUUUGGAUGCGAAGAAUGUCCAUGCAACAGGACGAACACUGAACGUUGUGACAAGACUGGGAAAUGUAUCUGUAAAUCAGGAUAUGAGGGGGCGCUUUGUAACUGUGUGAAGAAUACCUGUAACACCGCCGUGGCAUUUUGUCAAAACAAUCAGAACGGAACCAAAUGUUUGUGCAAACCAGGCUACGAAAACCGAGGAUAUAAUUGUGAAGACUCCAUGAAAUUAGAAUUGAGCAAUCAAUCAUAUUUCAAGAGAGUGGUGUACAAAAUCGACAGUUCUUGGGUUUAUGCUUAUACUCUAUCAUCAUAUGUUAGUCCAUCAGAAAGAGCUGUUUGUGAACGAAUGGGAUUACCAAUGUUUUACAAUAAACUUGGAGAAGAAACCAUACAAGUAAUGAAUAAGACAGAAUUUGAAUGUAUGAAUAAAGAAUAUGUUGCAAUGAGCCUCAAUUAUUCGAAGUGUAUAAACCAAACCACACCUAGGCACUGGGCCUUUUCCAUGAACGUAAAGACAGUUUCUUGUCUAAAGGAUUGUCCCAAAAUGAUGUUUUUCAAUGGGACGUCAAGCGAGUGUGUGCUGUGUAGUUGUAACAAGAACAACACCGUUUCCUGUAACCAGACGACAGAGGAGUGCAACUGUAAGGCAGGGUUUUUCGGACCGUCAUGUGACUGCAUCCAAAACCAACACAACUGUAACAACACCUACUCCUACUGCUCCUUCCAAGGAAGCGCACCUACCUGUACUUGUCGUCUUGGGUUUUACGGGGAAAAUUUGGGCUGUUUUGAACCUUUGCGAUUUAUCAGAAAUACUGGUGUUUUGGAAUUAUACCAUAGAGGUGAAUGGAAGCUCAUUUCCACUAGUGAUAAGUGGAAUGAUGAUGAAUCAAAAGUGAUCUGCAGACAGUUAGGCUUACCAACGUUUUAUGUGCGAUACACAAUCAAACAUCGAAGUGCAACCAACCUGAAAUACAGUGAUUAUAAUAGGAAGAAAAAAUUAACUGAAGUUUCUUGUUCGGGAGAGGAAAGACAAAUAUCACAGUGCAGUUUCGGUGCAUGGUCAUAUAGUGCCAGCUACACACCAUUGGCAAUCAUCGAAUGCAGAAGAGAUUGUCCAGAUUUUCUGUAUGGUCCAACGUGCAAGAGAUGUGAAUGCAACCAGCAGUACUCCAGAUACUGCAAUAAAAGUACAGGAGAAUGCGUAUGUAAAUCAGGCUACUCUGGUGACACGUGUGACUGUGUGCAGGGAUCUCAUUUCUGUAACGCCACCUAUGCGUUUUGUGGACUACCAACUCCAUACUGUUACUGCAGGGAUCAGUACAAUAGGCGUGGACUAAACUGCGAAGAUUCACUACGAUUUUAUAACAAUGUCAUUGGACGCGAGGGCAUACUACAGAUCUACAAGAAUCGGUCCUGGAACACGUUUUGUGAUGAUUCAUUUGCCAGAGAUGAAGCACUUGUUGCAUGUAGACAAUUACGACUUCCAACUCGAUACGUAACAUUUGCGACGAGAAAGUAUCAUCAAAGAAUACCAAGUGAAUACAGUUUAGGAAUUGUGUACACAAUACAAUGCAACGGAAACGAAACCAGUCUCUCUGACUGUAAGAAGUUCAGCACACACGGAUCGUAUUGUUAUCACAAUGAAGAUGUUUACCUUCAGUGUUUUUCUGAAUGUCCGAAGUGGACUUACGGAGAUGAGUGUGAAAAUCAGUGUUUAUGUAACCAGACAAACAGUUUGUCAUGUGAUGAAGAUACUGGAAAAUGUUCCUGUAAACCAGGAUAUUUGGGAGAUCUUUGUAACUGUAAAACUGGUGUUCACCAAUGCAAAACAGCGAUAUCGAUCUGCCACGCAAAUUCCAGUGGAGAUGGUGUGUGUCUCUGUAAAGCUGGAUUGUCUGAUAGAGAUUACCAAAAUGAGGGAUGCUACAAGGAAUAUGUACGAUUAAUCAACCAGACAUCUUCUAACGAAGCAGCUGUUGAAAUGUUCCACUCAGGAAUGUGGGGAGGGAUAUGUAAGACUGGAUGGACUAAAAAGAAUGCUCAAGUGGUGUGCCAGCAAUUUGGUUUGCCUUCGGACAAUGCACAGAUGAGUAGACGUUUGACAACAAUGCCAAGUUCUUACUUUUUAUGGACUAAUAUUACUUGUAAUGGAACAGAAAAAAGUCUUCUGGACUGUGUGAGAUCUACUAGUAGCUCGACAUACUGUUAUGGUAGAAAAGCUGCAGUGAUUGUGUGCCCCAAAGAUCCAUGGAUUCGAUUGAUGCUGAGGAAGACAACUCGUACGAAGACGAGUGGAAUGCUGCAGGUUUACUAUAACAAUAAAUGGGGUGAUAUUUGUGCAGGUGGCAUUGGUAAUAAUGCUGCACGGGUAGCAUGCCGAGAACUAGGCUUGCCAACGAAAUAUACAACGAAAGUAGAACGUUCUGCUGGUAGUCAUGUAAGACACUUUCAAUAUAUCAUCUGCAAUGGAGACGAAGAAAGUCUUGCCGACUGUUCUGCAGAUAAAGGGGACUGCUACAGCUAUUCAAGCACAAGAGCAAAAAUAUCCUGUGACAGUGUUUGCCCAUACAUGCAGUAUGGUGAAAACUGCCAAUUCAACUGCCCAUGUAAUAGACAGAAUACUGCCUCUUGUGGUAUAGAAACGGGGCAAUGUGUGUGUAAGUCUGGAUAUACCGGGUUUUCCUGCGGAUGUACAGCUGGUUCACAUAACUGUAACACCACAGUUUCUGAUUGUCACAUAGAAUCCGGUAAAAUACUCUGCAUUUGCAAGAAAGGAUUCACCAGUUCUAAGCAUGGUUGUAUAGAGAAUGUGCGGUUAAACAGUGACAAUAUCCUUCUGUUAUUUGAAAUGGGUGGAUGGAAAUAUGCUUGUAGAAACAAGUUAUGGACGAGAAAGAAUGAUUUGGUAGUCUGCCGUCAGCUCAACCAAAGCUCGGAUAUCUUAUAUUCCACUUCACGGUAUUGGAGUUACCCGACUUCAAAUAAUGUCAUUACUUGUAAUGGAACAGAGGAAAUGCUGGCGAAUUGCUCAAAUACAACGCAGACCUCAUCCUGUGUUGAAAACACCAAAAUUCUGUGUGGCAAUUGCCCAAAUUGGAAAUACUCUAGUGAUUGUUCUAAAUCCUGUGAUUGCAAUCGAGAAUAUAGUUUGGGAUGUAAUGUCAAUAAUGGAACCUGUAUUUGUCGAGAUAAUUUCAAAGGAGUUGAUUGUAGUUGUCAUGCAGCAACUGCAGACCCAUGCUCCGGGCAGCAUUCCAUAUGUAAAUUUGACAGAUGCGUUUGUGAAGAGGGAUCCUUCAAUCAGUCAACAUCAUGUUCAGAUUUAAAAGAUAUCAUCUACUUUUGCUCUUUCCAAACCUAUCUUUGGCGAGACACUUGUAGUAUAAGAACUUUGAAGGGCCAUGGGAAUCGAAACACUUACGUGUCAUAUGGAUUUUGGAGGCCAAAGGCUGGUAGUGACGAUUUAAAUUAUCUUUAUGUGGGUAUACGACCUUACUAUGCCUCUGCCGAUUCCUAUUUCAACGAAAUGAACUUGACAUUGCAUAUAGCACGGAAACAGUUCUGUUUAUAUUUCGACUAUGUGGUUAGUGGACGUGGGUCAAUAACAGUAUCAACAAUAGACAGUAUGAACUUGGAAUCAACAGUAGCCACUCUGUCAGGCCGGUCUCCGAAAAACUGGACAACCAAAUACACAGAAAUAAAUGGAAAGCGCCCUAUAAAUCAGAUAAAAAUUAGAUUGGAGGAGAAAACAGCCAUUGACAAAAUUGUUGCAGCAGUGACCUCAUGUGUAUGCCCAGACUGGACAUAUGGUCAAAAUUGUGACAAAUGUGCUUGUGUUCGGCUGCACACACAGUCUUGCGAUAAAACCCGCGGGACUUGCCAGUGUAAAGCGGGAUAUACUGGAGAGGCUUGUCAAUGUGAAGAUAACGGGAAACCUUGCUUACAUGAUAUUCGUUUGGUGAAUGGAAACACGACCAACAUGGGAAGAGUGGAGGUGGUCACAGGCGGCAUUUGGUCUACAGUUUGUGACAGAUUCUGGGACGAUUAUGAUGCCACAGUCGUCUGCAAACAUCUAGGAAUCGGAAGAUAUGGUAUAGCUGUGUUCAAUGCAGGCUUUGGAAAGGGCAUUGGGCCUGUUAUUGUUGGUAAUGUAAAAUGUCAGGGAAUGGAAACCGAUUUCAUGGAAUGCCCAUUCGCUCGAUCAUCAUGUGACCAUUCUAAUGAUGCAGGAGUAAUUUGUGUCAAUGUGUCAAAUAGUAUACGAUUGCGCGACGGUAGUGACCACACACAGGGUCGUCUAGAGAUUAAAAUUGAUGGGAAAUCAUGGGGUACAGUGUGUGAUGACGGAUUUUCAGUGGUGGAUGCAAGGGUGGCGUGUCGACAGCUGGAUCUACCCACGAGAAACGUCAAAGUUAAAAAAUCUGCGUAUUAUGGGCCAGGGAAGGGAAGAAUUUUAUUAAGCAAUCUGCGGUGUAAUGGAAAUGAAAUGACUAUUCAGUCUUGUCCAGCAACAAAGUACCCUACUAGAAGUAGCUGUGGUCGUUAUGAAGAUGUUGGUAUUUCUUGCUCAAAUGACUGUCCAUCAUUUAAGUAUGGAGAGAAAUGUGAGAACAAUUGUGCUUGCAAAAAAAGAAAUUCCUUAUCAUGUGACAAAGACACGGGGGAAUGCAAAUGUAAAUAUGGAUGGACAGGUCCCCGUUGUACGUGUGGAAACAAUAUGAAAUGUGAUGAAAAAUCGUACUGUGAUGGGUCCAAAUGCCUUUGUAUUGAUGGGUUUUUUACUAAACCAUCAAAUUGCUCAGAUGAUAAAGCCGUGGUUUAUUCCUGUUCAUUUGAGACGGACUUUGAAAUAUGCUCCAUUGUAAACUAUGGGAAAAUGAAGUGGAGGAGAGACAGUAGAAGGACACCGAGCGAUAAUACGGGUCCGUAUACUGCGAAAAGGGGGAAAUACUAUGUAUAUACGGAAGCGAACAGAAAAUCCACUGGCGACAAAGGAGUGAUGAAAAUUCCACUCAGCAUAUUGAAUUCAACGAGGUAUAACUGUUUCCGGUUUUACUUUCACAUGAGAGGCGAUGACAUGGGUGAUUUAAAAAUAACCACAGAAGAUAGAUUUGGAUCUGAAAUCGUUAGGUGGUCAAAGUCGGGACAUUAUGGUUCUCGCUGGAACAGAGGAUAUGUAUCUAUAUCAGCCAAUACAUUUAAGAUAAAGAUAACGGGCAUAAGAGGCAAUGGGUAUCAGUCAGACAUUGCACUAGAUGACUUCAAAAUCUUACAAGGACACUGUGAAUGUGACAAAUGGAAAUACGGUUUGAUGUGUGAAAAAACGUGCAACUGUAGACGAAAUAGUUCCAAAGGCUGUGAUAGCAAGACUGGAAGCUGUGUUUGUCGAUCCGGAUGGAGUGGAAAGACAUGUAAUUUCAGGAAUUGAUGUGUGAAAAAUCGUGCAACUGUAGAAGAAGUAGUUCCAAAGGCUGUGAUAGCCAGACUGGAAGCUGUGUUUGCCGGUCCGGGUGGACUGGAUAGACAUGUAAUUUCAGGAAAGCAGCAUGUACCUGUGAAUGUUUAAUUAUUACCAGUCUGUAAACUGUUUAGUAUUAAAUGAACUUACACCGUGUCCAACUAAACAGAGAACUCUAGAGAAACCUGUGAAUGUUUGAUUAUUACCAGUGUGUAAACUGUUUGACUACAUUGACUAUUGAUAAUAUUACACGUACCCAUUUAAUAAAACUAACGCAUUUGCAUCCAUCU